CUGACUCAGCCUCAUACCAGUGCACUUACUCAUCGCCCAGCUUAGUUUAAAUUCCAGUUGUUAACCGUAUAUCUUCUGUGAUUUUGUAUACUCUAAACUACCAUUUGAAUAUCUCUGCUAGUAACUACACUUCUUAUAUCCCUCUCCUGUCUGUCAUUCUGCUAUAAACCGAGUAUGCAGCCUAGAUCAUGCCUUUUCAGUAUCGUCGUCGCAGUCGCAACGGCAUCUCCUAGUGUGAAGCUUGAUGCAGGAAUUCUUCAUGGCGCACAAUGUGCAAACUCACCUGCUGUAGUCUAUCGCGGAGUUCCAUACGCGCAGCCACCAGUCGGUCAACUACGCUUCAAAUCUCCAGAACCAAUUCGGGUCUACCCUGAUGGUCAUCUCGAUGCAACGAAGGCGGCAGCGCCGUGCAUCCAAUUCAUUUCUCAAUUCAAGGUCAAUGAACCUCCCAUGUCGGAGGACUGUUUGUACUUGGAUGUAUAUAUACCACCCAAAAUCUCUGCAGGUGUGAAACUACCCAUCAAAGUGUUUGCGUAUGGAGGAGCAAAUGCGGCGGGUGGUAUCUCCUACCCGCUUUACGAUGGCUGUAACCUCGCCACUGACGCCAUUGUGAUUGUAUUCAGCUAUAGGCUAGGUCCUCUCGGGUUCCUUGGAUUACAAUCUGCCGGUAUUCAGGGCAACAUGGCCAUUGAGGAUUCUCUGCUGGCUUUGCGAUGGGUCCAAGAAAAUGCCCGUGCUCUCGGUGGCGAUUCUAAUCAAGUGCUGCUAUUUGGGCAAAGCGCGGGUGCACACAACAGUUUCGUCAUGUCUACUCUCCCUCAAGCGAAAGGGCUUUUCUCGAGUCUCAUUCUGGAGUCUGGUGGUGGUCAAGACGUCAUGACUCGCGAAAACCUUCAACAUAUCAGCACCAUGUAUGCUGAUCUCUUAAACUGUACUGGACUGAAUCAAUUACAUUGUUUGCAAACGCAAUGCAUUGAGAAUAUAACAACCGCGUACAGCAAGUUGCCGCUGCUUGGCCCUGUAGACGCCAUAAGUCAGCGUUUCGCCAUGACCCUUCCCAACACGGUUUCCCUUGCUAAGCCUGCGAUUGACGGGGAAAUUGUCAGACAAGAUCCAUUACUUGUUGGACCACAAGUUCCUAUCCUUGCUGGAUCUAAUGAGAACGAGAGUUCUCUUUUUGUGUAUCCUCUCUACAAAAGUUACAAUGGCACAUAUAACCAAACGACAUAUGAUGAUUUCAUUGCCGAAUGGGGCCCUGUAAGUGAAGACAUCGGCGCUGCAUACCCUCUCAGCAAAUUCAACAUUAGUGCAAGCCCGAAGGCGAAUAUACUGAUCGCCAUCACUCACGUUCUUUCAAUGGCUAGCUUCAUUUGCCAGCCUCGAAGAGCUCUUUUGGCAGCAAAGGCCGCUGGCAUGCCAACUUAUAGCUAUCGCUUCGGUCGGACUCCUAGUUGCCCUUGGCUUUAUGUGGACGGAGAGAAUGUUCCUCCAAAAGAAUUUGAAGAGGCCUUUGGAGCCGCUCACACCAGUGAAAUCUCGUUUGUUUUUGGCAAUAUGGACCAAAUGCCCUUUGGAACUGGUACAUGCAAUAGCAGUUCAUUCGACAAGAGUAUUAGUCAAACAUUGAUCGCCGCUUGGUCUUCAAUGGCUACCUCAAGAUCACCUUCAACGCAGGAACUACCUUGGCCGCAAUUUGAAAAAUGCAGCCAUCAAGGUUUACAUAUAACCAACGAAGCGAUGGCAAUAUCUCCAAUAGACUUUUCCGAGUGUAAGUUUUGGGAUAGGAUCUAUACUAAGUUGGGGAGUGUCGGUGUGCGACCGAGUAAGUAGAAAUAAGUUUACACUAGUGAAUAGUACUGUAACGGGCUAGGCACGUGGUGGUCUCGGGUAGCUCUCGACCAUCUGUCACGUAGCUGUCUAGGUAUUACGAGAAAAGUUCGCCAAACAUAAUGCUAUUGUUAACUCUUCUAUAUAUGAGAUAGAAAGAAGACAACAAACUUGAAUAAGGACAAAUCCCUCUCCUCCUUCCACAGUUCACUUCUCUAUUUGUAUACAAGGCUGUUGUGGUCCUGCCAGCUAGCGGCCUUCCUUUGCCAGCUGGCAAACACUUGUUGUUGAAGCUUCUUUAUUGCCAGCUAGCAAGCGAACACGUCGCGUAGCAACUAUUUCGACAUCGUGACUGUCGUGAGUGUUGUGACCGACAGACUAUAGAGUGAUAGAAUUCAUAGUAUUCCACUCCGGCUUGCUUCUGAAUUAUUCAUCAAUCCCAACUGGUUUCACGCAUUGAUUCGGACCGAGGAGAUCGCCAAGGAGGUCGUCGCU